ACUAUGUACUAUGCCUUUCUGGCAUGUUCGGCACAAAGUACAUCAAGAAGCUUUUUGUGUGUGUGCUGCUAUAUAUCUAUAAAGUUGAAGCUGGAGGCCAAGAAAAAGAGGAGUGACACAGAGAAUAUGGGUGGAGUUGCAUGGACAGAAGAAGAAGACCACCUUCUUAAGAAAUGCAUAGAACAAUAUGGAGAAGGAAAGUGGCAUCGCAUUCCUCACUUGGCUGGUUUAAACAGGUGCAGGAAGAGCUGUAGGCUAAGAUGGUUGAACUAUCUCCGUCCCAACAUCAGAAGAGGAAAUUUUACUGACGAAGAAGUGGAUAUGAUUGUCAAACUCCACAAACUAUUGGGCAACAGGUGGUCACUUAUUGCUGGAAGGCUAGCAGGAAGGACAGCCAAUGAUGUGAAGAACUACUGGAACUGCCAUCUGAGUAAGAAAUUGAAUGCUCAAGUAGUUGAUCAAGAGAAACACAUGGUCACAAACAUUGAUGUUAUUAAGCCCCAGCCUGCAGGGAACGUCAUUAUUGGUACAAGCUCAAUUAGUAGCAAAAGGAGCCAGCUGGGAGAGUUAUCUCCAAGUCCCCCACCAGCAGCACCACACCACCAGAGUACUGGCAUAAUUUUUUCACCAACUUUUGAUGGUGGUCAUGGACAGAGCCAGAUGCUUGAAUUAGAGGAAGAUCAUAACAUCUGUUCUUACUUGGACCAACAGGGCCUUGUUGGUAUGCUGCCAAUGGAGCUUCAAUUUGAUGAAGUGAAAGCAAUGAGUAAUGGACAGAAUAGUAGCAGCCAGUGGGAUUGGGAUGAGAUGCUCUUUGACAUGGACCUGUAUAAUGAUUCUUCUUUUAGAUUCUUCUAGCUGCUAGGGAAGAUCUCUACAUACCUCUAGAGAUUGAUAUUAUUAGCUAAGGUCAUAGUUACAUGUGUUUAUGUGGAACAUGGUAAUUGAAUUUGUAUUGGUGACUAUGCCAAGGAUUGGAAAUUAAAGAUAACAAAGGGUGAAACUUUUCUAGGUGGUAGCAUAUAUAGUAAUAGUAGAUAUGCAUACAACAAUGCAAAUUAGAAUAUCUUGUUCACUUGCAUGAACAUAUGGUUUAAUGCGCAUGUGUAAGGAAAAGAAGCCUAAGAUCCA